GCUGGCAGGGGCUGAUGGGAAUUGUAGUCCACGAACAUCUGGAGGGCCAUAGUUUGAAGACCCCUGCUCUAGAGGGACUGUUGACUGUGGGGCAGUAAUUUUGUUUCUUAGUAAAAGUUCCACCUCUCUCCUUGCUGGACUUGAGCAGACUGAAUAUAUUUGUGCUGUUAGAUCCAUCUAGUUGUGAGGACAAGUCCCAGGUUUAGGCUUUUUGCUCAGGUAGAGGCAUAAUGUCGAGGGUAUUUGCUGAAUUCUGCCUAAAACAGGCCUUUAAUGCUUUGUCUCUCGUUCUUUUGCCAUUAAUAGAUCCAGUCACCUAUUACACGGCCCUGCAUAUUGCGGUGCUCCGAAACCAGCCUGACAUGGUGGAACUUCUGGUGCGGAGAGGAGCGGACAUUAAUCGGAGGGACAGGAUUCACGAAAGCAGCCCGCUGGACCUUGCUAGCGAAGAGCCGGAGCGGCUGCCCUGCCUGCAGCGUCUCCUCGAACUCGGUGCCAACGUAAAUGCAUCUGACAAACAUGGAAAGACCGCUUUGCUGCACGCUCUGGCCAGCAGUGACGGGGUUCAGAUCCACAACACAGAAAAUAUCCGCCUCUUGCUGGAAGGAGGAGCAGACGUCAAGGCUACAACCAAAGAUGGCGACACCGUCUUCACCUUCAUCAUCUUCCUCCUGGGAGAGAUGGUGGGAGGGGACAAGGAGGAGGCCCAGAAGAUCAGCCGCUUCUGCUUCCAGGUCACGCGACUGCUGAUGGCCCACGGUGCCGACCCGAGCGAGUGCCCCUCCUACGAAUCCCUCACCCACCUCUGCCUCAAGAGCUUCCGCCUCCAUUUUCCCCUCUUGCGUUUCCUCCUGGAGUCGGGGGCUUCCUACAACUGCUCCCUUCACGGGCCCUCGUGCUGGUCGGGCUUCAGCAUCGUCUUUGAGCGUCUGUGUUCUCACCUCUGCGAGUCCGAGGAGGACAGUUUCUCCACUGACCUCCUGCAGAAGGCUGAGACGGCUCUGGAGCUGAUGGCGGCCAGCACCCCGGCCGUGAGGCUGCCGAGCAACUUCGAGGCCAGCCCAAGCAGCUGCCGCGCCCACAAGGGCAAGAUCGAGGCCCUCUUCCACUCCGUGAAGCAGCUGGAGCGUUCCCCGCCCACUUUGAAACACCUCUGCCGAGUCCACAUCCGCCGGGCCCUGCGACCCUGGCCAGUAGACGUCAAGAUCAAAGCUCUCCCUCUGCCCGACAGACUAAAGUGGUACCUCCUCAUAGACCAUAGCAGUUCCACCGAACAGGACGUGUGAGCUAGCAGGGAUGAACAUGGGCCUCGAUACAUCAUUAAACACACACACACACGCAAAUCAGUGUUGGGGUGUGCCAGUGUGCUGAAAAUCUUCAUCCCUCGAUUGACUUCCUGCCCAGCUGGCUAGUCUCCACAUGACGUGUCGCCUCUCGUUGACCCUCCAUCCUUCUGUGAACACCGGGCCUUUGUUUCCUCGAAAGGAAGAUACAUCUUGUUCUCUGACCGAAGAGAAUCUGGAAUUAAACCCUGUAUCAUGAGUAGUUGAGGGAAGAACGGAGGGUCUUUGUCGAGUGGGAUCUCUGCCUUGAACGACGAGAACUCAAUCCAGCCUUCAUGGGACGGGGCUCAGUCUGAAAAAUCUUCCCCGUGCCCAGUCUGCAGUUCUAGCCAAUAAGAACUCCAGCAGUUCCACGCAGCCAUUAAAGUUAUGUCGCCGCACCAAUUAAAAGUUAAA